CACAUGGCAUGGUCUCUCCCAAAAAUUCUCAUAUGUUCCAAUCCAAUCAUCAUUCUUCGAUUUUACAGCGUAAUUGAUAGAGAAAAGAGACUCAGAAUCUUCGUCUUGAAACCCUAGAUUCCUUACGAAAUGCCAAUGGAGAUCUCACUAGAUCUGAUGAACCAACUCAAGGUCUCGCUCCGAAAAGAGGCCAAGCUCACCUCCUUCGAUCCCGUCGGCGAUGACUCAGACUCAUCUUCCUCCGGCCUUCCCACAUCCGCGGAGGCAAUUGCAGAACUAGAUGCUUCGGCUCCGUAUCUCCGUUGCCGGAACUGCAGAGGAAAGCUUCUGAGAGGAAUCGAGUCUCUGAUCUGCGUCUUCUGCGGCAAUCAGCAACGGACCUGCGAUAACCCUCCUGAUCCCAUCAAGUUCACUUCCACUUCUGCUUACAAAUGGUUUCUCAGCUCUCUUAAUCUCGAUGGAUCGGAGAUUGUAGAGCCACUCAAGGAAACGAAUGGAUCAAGCAGAGGAGCUAAGGCACCUGCGGUAAAAGGAAUUGCCGUUUCCAAGUUUCUUGAUUUGGAAAUACAGUGGUCUGCCACAGAGGAUCAGUCUAUGAACAGUGGACCUGAUGUUGGACAAUCAGUGCAGAAUAAAAAUCCCCUGAAUUUGGGAGGAAUUAGUCUUGAUGAUUUUUUCGUUGAGGGAAGAGGAAAUCUUGCAAAAGUGGAUCCAGCAGAGAGCAAACCCGUGGAAGAUGAUGAUUUUAAGGAUCCACGUAGUCUUAGCUUAUUUGAUAGUGUAAAGAGUCCGGGAGUUGUUGGAUCCCAGCAGCACGAAAAUGUCAGUUUGUUUAAGGGAAAGGAUGUCCAGAUUGAUGUUUCUUCUGAAGAACAUGAGAAUCUUAGUUUGUUUGCGAGACGAGAUGCUCAGGAAAGUGUUUCUUUAGCAGCGCAGGGAAAUUUUGGGUUUUUUGAGGAAAAAGAUGUUCGGAACUCGUUUAAAGAGGAUGAAAACCUUGGUUUGUUUGCUCAUAUAACUAGUUCUUCUAAAGAUGAUGAGAGUUUUGGUUUGUUUGAUGGUAAAGAUACUCAGAGAAGUAGUUUUUCUAAAGAGGAUGAAAAUUUUGGUUUGUUUGAGGGUGCACCAUCAUCAGAUACUAACAUUAAGUCUUUUGACGACAAGAUUGUUGCCUCUUCUUCUGAUUGGGAUUCUGACUUUCAAUCUGCUGAUCAUAAUCUUUCUCAGAAAAAGAUUGGUGGUGACCCGUUUGUAAGUUCUCCAGCUGAUUUGUCUGCUCAUAUGGAUUCUGUCUUUGGUUCCGGAAAAGAUUUACUUUAUGUAAAACCGGCAGAUUCUUCAACUGCUUAUGUUUCCAAAUCUGGUGAUUGGUUGCAAGAUGAUUUAUUUGGUAAUGUCUCUGGUGAGGCACAAAACAACGACUCAGUCGUCCAUGAUAAGAAUGAGGGACUGGUUGUGGGUGGCAAUGGAAAUUCAUCCAUGGAUAUUGAUUGGAUCGGAGAUGAUCUAUGGCAAACCAAUGAAAAGAAAUCCACUGAGAAGACCCCUACAUAUGUCAAUGAUGAUGACGAUGACUGGAAUGAUUUUGCAAGCUCGACUAACUCCAAGACUCCUAAUAAUCCACUUUCUCAAACCAUGGAAAGUCCCCAAGGAGAUAUUUUUGAUGGACAGGCGCAAGUUAAGAACGGUGUUAAAGAACAGAAUACUGGUACAAUCGUGAUGUCUGACUUAGGCAAAGGUGAAGAAGAUGAUCUCUUUGGAACUUGGGAUAGUCUCACAUCAUCAACUAUUCGGCAGACGUCUCUGCAGCCUCCCACCAAUCAUGCAAAUCCAUCUGGUGAAAAAAUUCCGGAAAUGGACUUGUUUGGGGCAAGUAACAAUCACAGAAACCUUGAUUUUGACAGCAUCUCACGUUCUGAUUUCUUUUCUGAAAGUAUUGGCGGCAAAAGUAGCUCAGAGGAAGCCAAAGUCAUACCUCUUGGAACCUCAACCUUAGACAGAACAAGUGACCCUGAUGGUAGUAAAGAUCAAACAGUUGAUCUUGUUGUAGGCACAACAACAACAGCUACCAAGUCAAAGAGUGAGGUUGCAGAGGAGCUGAUGUCACAGAUGCAUGAUCUCUCAUUUAUGCUGGAGACAAAACUUUCUGUGCCUCCAAUCUCCAAGACAGAGUAAUAUUAUCACACUUUACUCUCUCCUAUCUCUCUUGCGCUCUCUUGUUUUUUCUCUUGAGGCUUGGAGAUUGCUUGUUUGCACGUAUAUAUAUAUUUCAUUCUCAAUAACUUUUCGAGUGAUCCAGUUUUAAUUGUUCUGUAGCCACAAGUAGUUGUUAGUAUAGUUGUAUUGUUCAUUUGGGGUUGAUCUUGGGCACUUGUUGAUGAUACACACAAAAACAGUCCAGAAUUUGUUUGGAUUUCAGCUUAGUCUCUGGUCAUUUAAAAAGAACUUGGUUGCUCUGUUUCUCUGCUUAAGCAUUUAAAUAUCUACCAAUCCGGAGAGUCA